GGUCAAGAGAAACGGACGUAAGCACCGAGAAUGAGUCAGAUCGUGAACGAGACGUAGGAGAAGCGAUGGAGGCAACGCGGAGGGCGAGACGAAGCUGCACGGACGUCUCUGCGGGAGUCGCCUUACAUCUCUCGCACGUGUUGCAUCGCGCUAAUUGAAUUCUAACAAGACAGUACAGUCAGUCGGCCGUAUUCCAACAUAUUUACUCACUACGUUCCUUUCGUUUCAACCAUGCAGCCGCGAUUACGUGUAUCUUCAACGUGCGAUCAUCGAUAAUACUGUGUUGAGGAACCAGCGAAACUGACAGAGACGAGGAGAUGCGUGCUGGGACGGAAAUAAUGCACGAAAUCAUGUUAUCAUCAUCGUCUGUGCUAGAAUCUUUUGGUGGAAAAUUUCUAACUUAUCUAAGUUGGAAAUAAUUAUUUUUUAUCUAAAAAUAGUUUUAUCCUAAAUAGUUACCUAAAUAGUUCUCUGAACAACAGCAUUAUGGAUAUCGAAACAAGCAUCAGCGACAUAUUGCGUGAAGUGAUAAAAUUUUUGGAAUGCCUCCACGAUGUGAAACUUCCCCUCGCGCAGGAGAGCCUGCGGCAAAAACUGGUAAUGAUUUUGAAGAAUAAACUCACAACGAUGACACGAGUGUCACCGGAACCUUACUUGAAUAUGGUUCCCGGCCCCAAAAGCCUAUUACAACACACACUGCCGAAAAGCGAAACCGAUUCGGAAGAUUACGUAGAACCAUCUCAAAAGCAGAUCAAAAUUCCGAUCGGGGCAGAUCAGAAUUAUUAUGAGCGUGUUGGAGCUAACAGCCAAAUCGUCGCAACGGUUGCAAGCGAGUCCUCCGAGCGAAGUGACGAUCAGGACGAAAAUCGAAGAUUGAUCGAAAUCUACAAAAACUUAUCAGCGACACAGGCUAAAGGCAAAUGCCACAAAUGCGGUCCGCUGCACCGAAAGGAGGGGAAAAAGCUGUUCUUAUCGGAAAGUCGCGCCUGCUGGAUCGCAUUAGUCGGAUCGCAUUUGCUGAUCUACCGAAACGAGAAGACGAGCCGGCCUCACGCAAUUUAUCCCGUACGCUGUUACAUGGCUCGACCGGCGCCCAACUUGAUUCCUCGCGAUCGACAGAAAAGUGAAUCGGCUUUCGAGAUAUACAGUCCCGGGAGUGAGACGUUACAGUUUAUCGCGAGAACGCCAAAGGACAUGGAUCAAUGGAUAGCGAAAAUCUGCGAAGUGGGACACGACAACGAAAACGAGAAAGGUGUGGCAGAAGUCUGCAAGAAGAAACACGCUGCCGUUGAAUCCCAGACAAAUCCAGACGAGACGGUGAGAGACGCGAAAAAGUCAACUGAUAAGCCAACCAAAAUAGAUACGACGAGUGAUAAGAAGGAAGUUGAGCGAAAAGAUAUAAACGAAAAUCCGCCGCCGCUACCUGCCCGAAUACCACGAAGACUUCCUUCCUUGCCUUCCGAUGACGCAAUAGCUUCCUACAAACCAGCCGCCAAGGAUGACGAUGACGAAGAUGACAUUUAUCACAAAAUCGAAGACUUGAAAAAUGGGACGUGCUAUCAAAAUGUAGCACUGCCGAAAACACAAUCCGACGCUAACGACAAGAAACACGAAACGACGUAUGAUGACAUUCGUUCGUCCAAAGAGAAAAAUCAGGAGCAAGUUUUCCUGGAAGAAACCACCCACGACACGACACCGCCUGAGGAGGAGUUGUACGACGAUAUUGGUACAAUUUCGCGAACGGGAAAUGUUAUCACGGGCGCUCUUCCUGUACAACAAAUCCGGAAUAGCGAUCGACCAGUCGCCGAUGGUGAAAAGAAACGAGAAGAAUUUUACGACGAUGUGGACAACCUGAUUCCAAACGAAAGAUUCAUCAAAGAUCGCGCAAAGAAUCAAACUGAAGCGAGUAAGUUUCUCCAAAAGAAAUCCUUCCUGGAUAGAGUCCUGAGCAGAAAGGAAUCGUCUGGCAAAUUGGAUAAGAAAUACAAAAGCAAAGUUUCGAGUCUACCGUCGCCCUCAACUACGGAGAAAACGCCAACCUGCAUCGACGCGUCCAAUUUGACGCCGAAUCAGGAAUCGUUAGCGGAGGAGAGAGAGGAAUUACCAGAAUACAAUUGUCCUCCGCCACCCAGACCAAUUUACACAAAAUCGUUAAAUAAUCCCAAUCGAGUCGAAGAAUUUUACGACGAUGUCAGCGCCUGCCGAGAGCAGUACAACAAAAGUCGGCCAACAAUUCCAGAAUCAAUGCUGGAAGGAGAAGCGAAAAAAAUUGUAAACAAUACAACGUGUAACGCGGAGUCAAAAGAUGAAUCUUCUCAAGAAGAGAUUCUGCAUUAUCAGUCACCAAGGAGUGACUUGCGCAUUCCCGACGCUGCAGAAGUUCAACCGAAUGAAGAAUUGUACGAUGACAUAGCGCUGUUGGCUGAUUUUACCGCACGACAAAGAGACAAUAUUAGAAAGAAAGACGGUGAAGAUGCUAAAUCGAUAAUCGCUCCCGAUAAGAAGUCGUGGAAUCGGUUUGUUAAUAAAAAAUUACGAGCAAGCGAUUCCAAUUGUUCUGAGAUAAAUAGACCAAAUAGCGAGUGUGAGGAGUCCGAGGAUUCGUCCGAGAAUAAUAGUGUGAUCAAGAGAAAUACCUUUCAGAAGUUGAUUAACAGAAUGGAAAAUUCUCUCGCUAAAGUUUCCGCGAGAAACUCACCUUCGCUCCCGCCCAGUCAGUCGAGCACAACGAAUAACAAUUCUUGAACUAUUGUAUAUUAACGUAAAAUGCAGCCUCUACAUAUCUAAAGCAAAAAGAAUAUCGAAAUAUAAUUUUGCUAUCAAUUCUAUACAAUAAAAGUAUUAUUUACGCCUUUAUUCUUAGAAACCGCAUUGUUAAAAAUUUCUACUUAUACCGGCAAGUCUGUUUAACAAGAGCGUGUACGGUGGAACUCGAAAACGAUUUGGGAUAAUAAAUUGAAAGAAAAUCCACACAUUAUGCA